AGAGAACUAUGUUUGGUUUGUGUUAACUUUUUAUGAUUUUUGAAAACAUGUACUUGAUCUGUUGUUAUUAUGGAAAUCAAUGUUUACUAAGUAUUGCCUAUUGAUAUUAACCGUGUUUUGUGGAAUUAUUCUUUGAGUUUCUGGGUGAGAAGAAUUAUAAAUUUUUCUUACCAUGGGGAAGAAAAGUAACAAAAGCUCAAGAAAUGUUUUAGCUUUACCAGAGGAUCCAUUCUGGCCAGUAUUGGAAGAAUCUGGAAUUAAAACUUCGCUUCUUGAAAAAGUGAGAGAGGCUCUCAAAGUAGCAAAAACUAUCCAUCCUCAGUUAAAAUGGUCAGAAUUUCGAAAAAUGAACAAGGAACAGAAAGCUAAACAUGUUGAACAAUUUUUUAUGAAUUUACCCACAGAAGAACAGGCACUGCACAAAAAGGCUAAGGAAUUAAAGAAAUAUUUAGCCAUUGGCAUAAAUGAAGUUUCUAGAGGUCUUGAGAAGAAAGAGCUUGCUUGCUGCCUUAUUCAUGGCCAAGCGAAACCGAAGUUACUUAUUUCCUAUGUAAUCCAGUUGGCUCGUGGUAGAGGAGUUCCUAUUCUGAUUGUAAAUGACUUAAAGCAAAGCUUGAAAGAAAGCCUUGGCUUUUCAUCACUUGCAAUAGGAUUUUUGAAAGAUGUAACUGUGAACGAAGAACACGAGUUUCAUGAAUUAUGUAAGCACGUCAUUGACCUAUCUAAAGGAUUCAGUAAAGAUUUAGAGGAACCAGCAGAUCCAACUCAUGAUGAAAAACAGGAAACGGAAGAUAUCAAAUACAAAAAAAGUGCUGAUACAAAUUUCACGGAAAUGAUUAUCGACUGUUCUUCUCUUUAUCUUUACCGCACAUCAAGUGAUUACAGAGUUUUUCAUCCUCCUGAUGAAGAGUCUAUUUCUGAUGAAGCAGAUGAAAUGAACAUUAGUAAAGAUCGGUUAGACAUAGAAGUACUUCCCGAUGAUUGCCCAAUUCCUUUCAAGAAAACCAAAUUUAUAGAACCAAUCAUCCUGAAGGUUCAAAGCAAUCCGAACAAAAUAAGGAAAAAAAAAUAAAUAAAUAAAAUAAAUAACUGA